AUGCAAACCAAACGACGUCAAGAUACAGAAGAUAAAUCACGAAAAAGGUCUCGCUCAGAGCUUCUGCAGACACUUUAUGUUAAUAACUUGAACGAUAAAAUAAAUCGCACUUUACUAAAGCACAACAUAUACAUUCUAUUCUCGACCUAUGGUGAAGUCUGGGAUAUCAACAUGAAAUUGCGCGGGCAAGCCCAUGUCAUCAUGGAUAGCAAAGAAACUGCUUCAGUCUGUUUGAAGGCUUUACUGGGUAUACCCAUGUUUGGGAAACAUCUUCGUAUUGACUUCUCCAAGAACAAGUCAAAACUGGUUGAACAAGCAGAAAAGUUGUUGGCAGAAGAGUGA